GGAAGGGCUAAUUAAUAUUCAUAGCAAACUAAUGAUGCAGAACGAGGAAAGCUGUGAACUUUUAGUGAAGUGAUGAGUGGACGGUUUCAUAUUAAAAUAGAGAAGAAGACAAGUCCUCAGAAAACAACCAGAUUCUUCUUCAUCCAACUUCAACAAGUGAGGAAACAGACAAAGACGAUGACAUGUCAACUGCGCAUGAAGGAACAAGACGAGAGCGUCCAAUGGAUUGACGAGCCUCAGCCUGUCCCUGUCUCUGUCUCAGGUGUCUCCAGGUUCACACGUUUGAUGGUUCCUGCUCUGGCAGCGACAGUCUUCCUGGUUCUGAUCAUAAAUCUGGGAGUUAGCUUGUCGGAGACGUUGAAGCAGCUGUCGGUCACUGACUCUCUGAGCAGCAGUCUUACUUCGAUCAAUUGUUCCCUCGAACAAAUCCUCAACAACAGCUCAGGGUUGGAAGGUUGUUGUCCUCCUGAUUGGAAACUCUCUGGCUUGAGUUGUUAUUUCUUCAGCCGUUCAGCUUUGUCCUGGAAUGAUUCCAGAGCCUGGUGUGAGGACCAUGAAUCUCACCUGGUCAUACUCUCCUCGGACAGGGACUGGGACUUCGUGACCCAUCACACACGUUCUAAUUUUUUCUGGGUGGGUCUGAGUGAUUGGAGAACUGGAACGUGGGAGUGGGUGGACCAGACUCCGUACUCCAUGGACAGCAGACAGUGGGGACCCGGUCAGCCUGACAACUGGACCGGUCACGGCAUCAGGCCCGGAGACGAAGACUGUGCUCACCUGCGCAAGGACGGACGCCUCAACGACCGGCACUGCAUUCAUCAGAUGCGGUUCAUCUGCCAAAAGCUCAGGGGUGACGCCUGAGCAAACCUCCCCGGCUCCGCCCACACAAGUGUUCACAGAUAAAAAAGAUAGAAUUAUCAGUGACGAGCGGCUGUCAGAACCAGAUAUAAAACAGAACCAAAUAUGUCUGACGUUAUAAUAAACCGUUUGGAAAAUAA